AUGAGAGUGAUGGAAGAAAAAGCUAUGAGGCUUUUAACCUAUGACUUGCUCCAAAAGCGCCAGAGGGCUGUAGAUUUCUCAAACGAGAUCUGGGCUUUGCGAAACUUUGACCAUGCAAAAGCAAAUCAGAGCUCGAUAAAGAAGAUGGAACCUGAUCGUACAAGAUUCGGAGGUCCGAGAGAGUUGUGUGGUGCGGUGGAUCUUAUAUCUCAAUACAAAUUAUUGCAACACCAUGAAUUCUUUUGCAAAAAAUCACUUCCCGCGUCUCUAUCAGAUGCCCAUUAUCUUCACAAUGUGGUUGGGGACACAGAGAUCAGAAAAGGAGAAGGAAUGCAAUUAGAUCAGCUUAUUGAGAACAUGUCACAGAGCCGGGAGACUAGUACCCGCAUCCAACCUUUUGAUAUAGAUGAGCUUAAGGAGGCUUUCCAACUAAAUGAUACAACUCCUGUUGAAUUGCCCCUAGCAGAGAAGGGAGCUCCUACGAUUCCGUCAAAGUCAAAAAGUGAGUCAAAAGAUAAGGACAGGAAACAUAAAAAACACAAGGACAGGGAUAAGGACAAAGAUAGAGAGCAUAAGAAGCACAAACACAGGCAUAAAGAUAGAAGCAAAGACAAAGAUAAAGACAAGGACCGAGACAGAAAGAAGGACAAAAAUGGCCACCACGAUUCGGGUGAUCACUCUAAAAAACAUCAUGAUAAGAAAAGGAAACACGAUGGAGAUGAAGAUCUAAAUGACGUUCAGAGGCACAAGAAAAACAAGCAUAAGAGCUCAAAGCUUGAUGAGAUGGGUGCAAUAAGGGUUGCUGGCUAA